GAGAGGUUUUUGCAAUAUGCGGGAGCUGCAGUGCUUUGGGAAAUUGGAAUCCCCAAGCUGCAGUGGUCCUCCAGCCUCAAGAUGUUGCACUUGACAGAACCUGGAAAGCUGCUGUAGAGCUUCCUAGAGGAGUUCCUGUUCAGUAUCGGUAUUUUAAAGGAUACUUUCUAGAACCUAAGACUAUCGAUGGUCCCUGCGAAGUCAUAGUUCACACGUGGGAGACUCAUCUACAACCACGAUCAAUUACCCCUUUAGAAAAUGAAAUUACUGUCGACGAUGGAAAGUUUGGAAUCUGUAAUGGUAUUGAAACUGUGGAUUCUGGGUGGCUGACAUGUCAGACAGAAAUAAGGCUACGUCUGCAUUAUUCUGAGAAACCCCCUGUACUGAUAUCUAAGAAGAAAUUCAAAACAUCAAGGUUUAGAGUAAAAUUGACCCUAGAAGGCCUAGAGAAGGACUAUGAUGAAGAGGGCCAAGAGAAGACGUCCCCUACUGUCCCUCAGAAAAUGGCAAACACUGUGGAGUUCUCCUUAAUCACCAACGACGACUACAAGUGUCGGCACACUCAGCCAGACUGCGGCUAUGCUUUGCAGCCAGACCGGUGGAUAGAAUACACUAUACAAACCAUGGAGCCUGAUAACUUGGAAUUAAUAUUCGAUUUUUUUGAGGAGGAUUUAGGUGAGAAGGUGGUACAAGAUGAUGUGCUCCCAGGUCACGUAGGCUCUGCCUGCCUCCUGUCAUCCACAAUUGCGGAACUCGGAAAGAGCGCUGGAAUUCUUACACUUGCUAUUAUGAGCAGAAAUCCAAGGAAGACAAUUGGAAAAGUUAGAGUGGAUUACAUAAUUAUCAAACCAAUCCAGGGAUACGCUUGUGAUAUGAAGGCUUCAUAUUCAAAAUACUGGAAACCAAGAACAACUCUGGAUGUUGGACAUAGGGGAGCAGGGAAUUCUACAACAACAACUAGGCUUGCUAAAGUUCAAGAGAACACCAUUGCAUCCCUGAGGAGUGCUGCUAGUCAUGGAGCAGCAUUUGUGGAAUUUGAUGUACAUCUUUCUAAAGAUCAUGUGCCUAUAGUAUACCACGAUCUCACAUGUUGCAUGGCCAUGAAAAAGAAACUGGAUACAGAGCCUUUGGAACUGUUUGAGAUUGCCGUCAAAGAACUCACAUUUGAUCAGCUGCAGUUAUUAAAGCUGGCUCACGUGACAGCCCUGAAAGUCAAAGAUCGCAAUGCCUCUUUUAAAGAUGAUGAGAACUCUGCUUUUGAGAUGCAGCCAUUUCCUUCUCUGCAAAGAGUCCUGGAGUCUGUUUCUGAUGAAGUUGGAUUCAACAUAGAAGUAAAAUGGAUCUCCCAACAAAGGGAUGGACAGUGGGAUGGCAACUUGUCAACUUACUUUGAUAUGAACGUUUUUCUAGAUAUUAUUCUGAAAACUGUUUUGAUGAAUGCUGGAAAAAGAAGAAUUGUGUUUUCUUCUUUUCAUGCAGAUAUUUGUACAAUGAUCCGACAUAAGCAAAACAAGUAUCCUGUGCUAUUUCUCACCCAAGGGGAAUCUAAACUCUAUCCAGAGCUUAUGGAUCUCAGAUCUCGCACAACUCCCAUUGCCAUUAACUUUGCACAGUUUGAAAACCUGCUGGGAAUUAAUGUGCAUUCUGAAGACCUCCUGAGGAACCCAGGGUUUAUUAAACGGGCCACAUCCAAAGGCCUGGUUAUUUUUUCAUGGGGUGAUGAUGCAAAUGACCCGGAUAACAGGAGGAAGUUGAAAGAAUAUGGUGUUCAUGGGUUGAUAUAUGACAGGUACUUAAUUGUGGGUUUUUAAAAUAAUAAUCAUAAUCAUCAAGCUUAGAAACUGUUAUAAAUUCAUUCUGGUGAAAUGUUAUGUUGCUGCUUGCUUAAGUGAGUACAGAAAGCACGAGGACCCCAUAAACCCAGAUCAAGAGCAAGUCUAACACCAGUUCCCACUCUUUCAGCUGUAUAUAUGAAGCAAAAUAACUUUUGUUUUUCCUAAGAUCAAUGUAAAUGUAAUUUAAUUCUUUAAAGAACUAUUGCAUGGCAUACAUGUUUAAGGUGCUAAUAAUAGUCCUGAUAGUAAUUUUUAAGUUAUGUAUGUGAUAUGGUGAGGAAAACAUUGUUUGACUGGAAGUUUCAGCAUUCUACAUUAAGCUGUGGAAAUAGUUAACACAACAUUCUGUUGUGUUUUAAAGCUGUGAAUUAUUUUUCCUAUUAAAAUCAGCUUGGAGUGACUCCAGGGCAAACUGCCAAAUUAGUAAUUUCAGAAAGUAGCUGUUAUAUCCAAAAAUUCAGGUAGAGACAUCAGAAUACUGUGUUAGAUGUUUGAACAAAAGUGUUGUUGUGUUACUUGGUUGCUUACAAAAACCCAAAGUUUUAGCUCUUUUGUCUCUGAAGAUUACAAAUUCACAAUUAUGGGAUGAAGUUUAAUUUGAAAAGCUGUAUUAAACUAGAAUUUUUGAGAGAUAAGAAGAUAAUUGGGAAAGAAUUAAGUGUAACUGAAUUUUCAAACUACAGAAGGCCUUCAAACCUUCUGCUUUAGCAAGAGUAUUGCUUUGUAUAUUGUUUAACCUGGGGAAAAAAAACCAAAAAAACCAAAGAAAGGGGGAUCAGUAACUGUCAAAGGCUCUGUUUUAUAAAGUGAAAACUGAGAGUUAAUUUAAUCAUAUCUAGGGGCAAGAAAUCAGAUAUAUUUGCUCCUAAAG